AUGCAAAGUUACCAGAAUUCGGACUUCGUGCAAUCUGAAAUCUGGCAUAUCUGUUUCAUCCGCCUUACAGCCAAUGAGGAAUGUUUCCUCGCUGCUCCUUUCCCGAUGGCUCGCGUUUCCAAGGUCGCCAGCCUGCUGUGCGUCGGAAUCGUCCUGCUCGCUUUCGCCCUCACUCAUGCCGACGCCGUUCAGGCUAACUCCGCCGACCUGAGCGGCGAAGGCACGUGCUACCGCGACUUCCAAGGUCGCUUCCGUGAUAGUCAGUACUUCGGCAUGGUUGCGCAGGUGCCUGCGAGCAAGUUUGACAACAGCAAGGGAUGCGGAACGUGCUACGAAGUUUCCUGCACGGGCCGCGCAUGCAAGGGCGGCUCCGUGAAAGUGCGAGCGAUCGGGCAGGCCGGCGAGAACUUCAACCUCGACACUCCCGCGUGGAACAAACUCGUGGGCGGCCAGGGCGGGCAAGUGGAGGUCACGUACGAUCAGGUGGAUUGCUCUAGCAGCGGCGGAAUGGCGGUCCGACUCCUGCCCGAUGCCAGCAAGUACAAUUUCGCGCUUCAGAUUUUCGGAGCGGCGAGGCGCGGACGAGUGGAGAAGGUGGAGAUAUCCAAGGACGGGAAAGAGUGGAAGAGCAUGACGAACAACGGAUGGGGCGCGACGUGGGUGCUGAAUCCCGCCACGGGCGUCGUGGAUGCGGGGCGCGCGGUGAGCGUGCGCGUGUCGGGCAGCGGGAAGCAGGUGGUGCUGGACGGCGUGAUUCCGAGCAAGUGGAGCGGCGGAAAAAUCUACCAGAGCAGCAAAAACUUCUAG